CAGGUUAAAGACAGACACAACGGGAACAUCCUCCUGGACUCUGAAGGUCACAUCAUCCACAUCGACUUCGGCUUCAUCCUCUCCAGCUCACCUCGAAACCUCGGAUUCGAAACGUCCGCCUUCAAACUCACUUCGGAGUUUGUGGACGUGAUGGGGGGUCUGGACGGAGACAUGUUCAUCUACUACAAGAUGCUGAUGCUGCAGGGUCUCAUCGCGGCUCGCAAACACAUGGAGAAGGUUCUGCAGAUCGUGGAGAUCAUGCAGCAGGGCUCUCACCUGGCGUGCUUCCACGGAUCCAGCACCAUCCGGGGUCUGAAGGAGCGUUUCCACAUGUCUCUGACGGAGGAGCAGCUGCAGGUUCUGGUGGAGCAGCUGGUGGACGGGUCCAUGAGGUCCAUCACCACCAAGCUGUACGACUCCUUCCAGUACGUCACCAACGGCAUCAUGUGACCUCUGAUCUGCGUGUGUGUGAGAGACUGUGUGUUCUGGUGGACGGGUCCAUGAGGUCCAUCACCACCAAGCUCUACGACUCCUUCCAGUACGUCACCAACGGCAGUCGCUGAUCAUCUCUGUUUCAUCUCGUCCGUCUCAAGUCUUUAUUGUAACGAUGAUCAGCUGAUUUGUUGUGUUGCGUUCAUGAGCAGCUGGGAGCGUCCGGGACUUUAAACCUACCUGGAAACAUCAAGUUAAAUUAAAAAAAAAAAAAAAAACUAAAAGACUUCUAUUGGAUUCCCCUCUGAAGCAGCACAUGUUCCAGAUGCAUCAUCGAAGAGUUUAAAACAAGAGUUAUACUUAAACAAACUGUGCGGGGAACAUUAGAGCUGGUGAUCAGACUGAAACGCUCACUUCAGUUUCUUCUAAUUUGUGACGUUUUCUGACACUUUAAAGACCAAAUCAUAAAUUGUAAUGAAUCCUUAAUAGCAAACUCUCUCUAAAUAAAGAAGUGUGUUUGGGAGAGUUGUAAGAACCUGCGCAGAGAAGCUAACGUGUUCAGAGAGAUUGAACGGUUUGAGAUGUUUAUUUUGUGUUUAGUUUGAAUGUUUUCACCAGACAUUUAUCACAGCUGUUUCUGAACAAAUAAACCAGCUCCAGCUGGAAGAACAUUACAGUUCUUCACCGUUAUUUUUAUGCAAACUUUAAGAACAUUGACUCAUCUAGCGUAAAAGUCACAUAGCGGUUCAAGCAUGCCGUUCGCUAAGUGUUAGCACGUAACCUUGCUAAUUGAGCAUGCAUGCUAACGUUGGUAAGCUAAAGUGCUCCGGUGUUUGGCUCCAAUAGCGUGAAUUUUAUAAAUAUUUCUACAAACAUGAACAUCAUUUAAACUUUAGGGUUAUCCCACUGAUAUCUGUGGGAGACAUUCCAGCCUAAAAUAACUGAUAACGGCUAACAUGCUAACACUAGAACUCUGUUGUGGUUCUCUUUGUUAAACCAAAUGCACACAAUGAUCUUGUGAAUAGUUUGCUUCAUUUAAUGUGGAGAUUUAAUGGACCUUUCCAUCUUUAUUUUAGUAACAUUCAUAGACAGUGCUAACCGCUACCUUUCCUAAUGUUAUGACUCGAAAACGUGACGAGUGUCUGGUGAAAAAUAGAGACGUGUGCAUCAUCAGUUUAUCUCCAGGAUCGUCUCUGGUUCAUUUCUAUUUCUUUCCUCGUGGUCCAUGUUGAAUUUCAUGAGAAACUUCUGUGUACAUUUGUUCCAUUCAGGACUUGAUAAAGGAUGCUAACGCUAACACAACUCUACAGUGUUGAAAUACAAAGUCAAGUCAAAGUCAAAGAACAGUCCCGCACAUUUUAGAGCCAAAAUGGCUUCUGAAACUAUUCUUUUAACAGAUUUAUGCAAGAACAUCUUCCUCUCCAUUAACUGGAUAUCUGUGUAUAACUCUUGAGUCAAUGUGUUACUGUCUGUGAACGAUAUAUUUGCAUAUUUAACGAUGGCUGAUUAGCUGAUUAGAAACAUUCCUCCGGCUGAAGCAGAGACUCUGUUUGACAGAACGUUUAUUUUUUCUUUAUGAGUAGACGCAUUUCCUGAAUAUGUGAAUGUUUUUUUAUAUAAUAACAAUCCACUAAACAAAUGUUUUUUCUCAGACUAAUGUGUUCUUAGUAUUGCUGAGCAACUUUAAAACGUAUAUAAUGAAGUUGUAACUAAUGUUGGUGACACUAUUAAUGGCUUAAUUCCAGUCUAUCACACUUAAACAUAAAAACUGGGUUUAUUUUCUGUAAGAAAUCAGAUUUAAGUAUGUAUUUGCAAAUGUAGACAUCAGCUCAGUUAACAUCAGUUUGUUUAAACACGAGCUAGAAAUUAAAAGCUAGUUAGCGAGUCAAUGCUCUUGUACCCAACGUUGUAGCUACAGUUGUAUUUACAGUUUAGGGAUGAGGAAAAACCUUGUUCGCCAGCUAUUAAUGAGUUAGCUAGCAUUAACUAGCAUGCUAAGAGCUCUCCUUCUUCUGCUAACACUAGUACAUUGUGGAGAAAAAACUAAAAACAGGCUAGCAAACACUUUAGCUGACUUCCUGUUUUAUUUCAUACACGUGUUUUAUGUUUUAUUAAUAAUGCUAACGGAGGCAGACAGACACUGGGACGGCUUAUGCUAGCUAACUAGCUUUGAACUAACUUGUACACGAGCAGUAACUAUUGUACAGUUUACAGCAGCAGUGUUACAAUAUAUAACUUUAUUAUCUACUGACUGUUUUCAGUACAACUAAACCUAAUUUGAAAUCACUAUACCAGGACUGCUGCUUAUUGUUAGCAUGACAGCGUGACUCAGCUUAAAUUGUUGCUAGCUUAUAAUAUUUUUCACAAUCAAAUGUUAUCUUUAUAAAUCUUUUUAAGCUUAUGUUUUAGAAUAGCUAGUGGUUGUAGCUAACAAGCUAGAGUCGACAGGCUAGCUAGGUUAACCAUGUAGUGACAAACCUAGCAAGCUAGUUGGCUAACGAACAAUUAACUGUUCAGUCUUUUUCUGUUAGCACUGUGGUGAAAAUUAGCUAAUUAUAAUUGUAAAGACACAAAGGCUGGAAUAAUGUCACUAGCUGGUGUUACCAUCAUUAUUUUAUGUACAGUUGUUUUUGUGUGUGUUGACCACUAUUGAAGGAGAAGCACAGACAUUUUAUUGUGAAACCAUGUUACCGUCUGCUAACCGUUAGCCCGCUACCCGUUAGCCGCUACUUUAUACACCACCGCGCUUUAAAAAGACGCAGCUGUGACUAAAGUUUACCAGAUAAGCAACUUGAAUAGCAACUACCCUCUCUCGCUCUGUUCCUGUGUUAAUAUGUAUGUAUGUAAAUGAACUGUUUAAUGUAAAAUGAGAUGCCUUGAGACGUACAGGAGGUACAAAACUCUUAUCAAUGCAACCGGAGACGAAGUGCUUUUAUAUCUGACCGCUGCAGGGACGAGUUUCAACCUCUUCCUCUCAUCUGGACUAUUAUUAUUUAUAUCAACAGUAAUUGAAGUUUCUCUCUGAAAGCUUGACUGAUUUUUCUAAAUUUCAGUAUCUUAUUUCUUUGUUUUCCACCUUGACUAAAGGCACAUAAAGCCCAACAUGCAUUUAAAUACUAGCUCCUUUAAAGGUUGAGCUUCUGUACCGGAGAGGAAACCAGUUAAAACUCGUCUCUGUUUCUAAAAACCCUUCAUUGCCUUUUAUCUUCCUUUCAUCAGCUCGAAAACUCUUUAAAGUGCAUUUAUCCCGAAUGAAAAUGUUUUCUGUUAUUUGUUUUUACCACUAAACCCAUUAAAGCAGCAUGGGGACUCCUCCAGCUCUCCUCUGAUUUA